GCUGCCGAGACGGUGAGCCCAGAUGCAGCUAUCGUUGAGGAGAAUGAGCGCUUGAAGAGGGAGAUCGAUGCCGCCCAGAGGCGGGCUGAGUCUGCGGAGGCGUCCCAGAAGGAAGCCAUUGCCAAGCAAUCCGAGUUCCAGAAGCUCAAUGAGGAGCUGGAGCAUGUCACCAAGAACUCAGAUGCAAGGAAUGAGCGGGCAAAGGCCCUGGCCCAGAGAGAGCUGGUCAACAUGGCCAAGGUUUGGCGCGCGGAGCGAGCCGUGGAAGAGUGCCGGGGUAUCAAAGAGGUGUCCCAAGCUCGACUGGAGUUCUGGCGU